AUGACGGUGCAGGUUCACCGGAUGAUACUAAUACCAUCCAAGGUGGGGGAUUUGGUUGUUAAGGGCCUUAUUUUCGAUAUGGACGGUACCCUGACCAAGCCACAAUCGUACAUGUUUAAAGAGAUGCGAGAGGCCUUGGAUAUAGUGGAUAAGCCAAUUGAUAUAUUGACGCAAUUGGAGAGUUUACCCCGAAUUCAGCGCGAGAUCGCUGCCAAGAGAAUCCAAGAUAUCGAGCACAGAGCCAUGCUCAAGAUGCAGCCUCAAAAGGGUGUCGAGGACUUAUUCAAGUUUCUUCAUGAGGAGACCGAUCUGAAAUUCACCAUAUGUACCAGGAAUCUCAUUACUCCUGUCAACUACUUGUUAGAUCAUUUCCUUGAUGGUAUCAAGUUGCAUGAGCCAAUUAUAACGAGAUCUUUUGACCCGCCGAAACCUUCUCCAAAACCACUUUUACAUAUAUCUGAGAGCUGGGGCAUUAAGCCCGAAAAUCUUAUUAUGAUUGGAGACUCUAGAGAUGAUAUGUUUGCAGGAUUACGGGCAGGAUGCUCCCUUGUUCUCAUGAGACAUAAGGAUAACGGUCAUCUCGUCGAAGAGAUUCCAGAAAUUGAUUACAUAGUUGAUGACUUCCAUCAAUUGAUAGAUAUUUUACAGAACGGGUUCGAAGUUAAACCCAAAGUGGCCAGGAAGAUGACCGGCUUUUCGGGAUAUUAG